UACGGCGGGUUGUGGCCGUCGCUUAACCUAGAUUUAGUGACCUGGUGGUCAGGAAAAACCUCAGACGCACAACUGCUUAUACCUACUCGAUCAUUUAAUAAUAUGCGCGACUGCGUCAGUUAUGUGUACCUUUACUUUUCAAAAGCUACCGUUCAUAACUGGUGGAGGGAACUGUUGUUCAAUUUUCCCUCCAACAGCCUAAAUGGCGUUUGAGAAACGUUUCCUGCUUCUGGCCAUCUCUGUGCUGGAGAUGCUGCUGUUUUCCGGCAUCAUCUAUGGAUGGACAUCACUAGUGUAUGUCCUAAAAAAGGAGGGGUACCUCAGUGACCUCUGCGUUAAUACAACAGCAAACAACUCGCAGCACAGCACUCAGAUCAACUGCCAAGAUUCGUCAAACACCUCUACCCAUGAUGCACCUUGUUACCAAGAAUGCAUUGAACAAGACGAGGCCUUGGCGCAAGUGUUCGCGACUUCCGUGGUAGCCAGUCAAGUUGUCUCGUUGUUCGCAGGGGUAGCUCUGGACUACUGCGACCUUCAUCAUACCGUGUCCUCCCGGCGGCGUGCGGCCGUCCCAGUGUUCAUCAUCACCAGUCUGACCAGCUCGCUGGUGUUCUUCUUCGCCACGCUGUCCGUGUGGGACACGGCGUCUGUGGAGUCCAGUACGGGCCUGCUCAUGACGUCAGCUCAGGACAUGUUCUUGACCUUCGUUUUGCACAUCGUCAGCAGAGCCUUCAUCUAUGGAGGGAACACCGCCUUCAUCGCUAAUUCAUUUCCCGCGGAGCACUUAGGCCGGUUGAUCGGUCUGUCGUACUUAGUAGCCGGACUGGUGGGUCUAGUGCAGUAUCCACUCAUCGGCUGGAUCAAGACUGCUGGAACCCCGUUUUAUGUUUACAUCUUUGUUCUGGUGCUUUCCAUUGUAACGUUUGGUCAUCCGGUCCACAUCAGCUACCAUUGCAGGGACAUGUCUAACACAAAUGGCCGACGCACUUCCCAAAGUACCAUACAAGAACCCGUAAACAGACAUCUCAAAUUCGACGUUUCAAAGCUUAAGGAGACACGUGUCUAAGUUCCAAGGUCUAAAGCUAUUUUUAAAAGUAUUCUCCAAUACGUGAAUACUUGUUAGUCGGAUUGAACUUAUAUUUGAAAUAGAAUAUGUGUUGUUUACAAAGAUUUUAUAUCAAAAGUUCUCGUCAGGAAAUGCGUACAAUCAAAUAAUGGUUUAAUGUGAGUAACGAUAGUUGUAUAUGACCAUGAUGAUAACAAAUGUAUGAUGUAAAUGAUAAAAAAAUGACAACUUUGAAACAGUUGAUUCCUGAAUACGUAUACCAGGUGAAAAGCUUUCAGCAUAUUACUUUACCUUACCUUCACUAUUACCUUAAAACAACAUCGGUGCACACGUGUCUUUAUCUUGUUGACUCACAAUUUGUGUCUGUAUCUGUAUAGCCGGUAUAAUCACCCUUCAGCGUAACGCACCAGCUUCUGUAUCUGUAUAGCCGGUAUAA